AUGAAAAGCGUUAUUCCUAACCCAAUCGUGCCUCACUCCACACCGCCUUUAUUCCUCACGCACUUCCCAUUUUUCACCAAGCCUCAAUUUAUUAACUCUCGCUCUUCCCAUUUUUACCGAGCCUUAACACACACCGCCUCUAUUCUUCACCUACCACUCUUCUAUUUUUACCGUGCCUUAAUACAUACUGCCUCUGUUCCUCACCUCACGCUCUUCCCAUUUUUACCGUGCCUUAACGCACAAACACCCUACUCCUCCCCCCACGCUCUUCCCAUUUUUACUAUGCCUCAAUUUAUCACCUCUCGCUCUUCCCAUUUUUACCGUGCCUUAACACAUACUGCCUCUAUUUCUCACUUCCCGCUCUUCUCAUUUUUACCGUGCCUUAACGCACACCGACCCUACUCCUCACCUCACGCUCUUUCCAUUUUUACCACGCCUCAAUUUAUUACCUCUCGCUCUUCUCAUUUUUACCGUGCCUUAACACACACACCGCCACUAUUCCUCACCUCUCGCCCUUUCCAUUUUUACCACGCCUCCAAUUUAUUACCUCUCGCUCUUCUCAUUUUUACCGUGCCUUAA